CUCGCUUUAGCAGUCGACUCUUCCUCCUGCACCGCGGACAGCCUUUGGGUACUUUUAUCUUCAACAGUUAUGGCAGAUAUUAGCAAAACUGAAAAGGUUCAGCUGCACGUGCCAGAUUUAGAGGAACUGCGUGGCGUACUGCAAGCAGGACUGGAGGACAACUUUGCCGAAGUUCAGGUGAGUGUUGUGGAGUGUCCUGAUCUCACCAAGGAGCCCUUCCAGUUUCCUGUCAAAGGCCUGUGUGGAAAGCCGCGCAUCACUGAUGUUGGUGGGGUGCCGUACCUGGUCCCCGUGGUUCAAAAGCACAAGGAAUACAACAUGAACACCAUAUCGAAGGAGCUGGAGCUGCCAGGAGCCUUCGUCCUCGGUGCAGCAGCUGUUCCCAGCAGGAUUGUUGGAAUGAAUGCAGAGCUGAUUCCCCUGGUUCUGACCGAAGCGGAGGGAAGGCCCGCAGUGAACGGCAGCUACUUCUCCUCCAUCAACCCGGCUGACGGACAGUGUCUGCAGGAAAAAUACAGCAACAAAUACUCUGACUGCAACUUUGGGCUGCUGGGCAAUCUGUACGCCUGUGAGGGAAAGUCUGGAAAGGUCAUUGAGGUGCGGGUCAAGAGGAGGACAGGAGGCCACAGUCUUGUGACGGCCCUGAGGAAGACUCUAGAAGGUCGCUACCCUGAUAAAAGCUUGGCUCUGGGGGGCACCUUCAUCAUCCAGAAGGGGAAAGCCAAAAUUCACAUCAUGCCGAGAGAGUUCUCGGCCUGUCCACUUGACAGCGACGACGACGUCAACGACUGGCUGCAGCACUUUGAAGUCAGCGCCCCACUCGUCUGCCUGUCGGUGCUGGUGUCCAGAGACCCUGGUUUGGACCUGCGCGUGGAGCAUACCCACUGCUUCAGCCACCACGGAGAAGGUGGCCACUACUACACAGACACCACGCCGGACAGCGUGGAGUACCUGGGAUACUUCCUGCCGGCAGAGUUUGUCUACCGCAUCGACAGACCCUGAAACACGCACACAGUCGGGCGAGACUGAAACACAAAUUAAUUGAAAUAAGUAACGUCUGCGUCUGCUCCUAAAUCACUUUUAUGGAACUUCGUAUGCAUUUCUUGUAAACAAAAUCGGCACAUUUGAUUUAACAAAAAGCAUGUUCAUCCAGAUAGUCAUGGCUGUUUGCUCAAUGAAUGCAGUCGAGUAGUAGCCUACAUGUGGGACCUUGAACUGCAUUGUUGGCUGCCCACUCAAACAGACGGUGGCGGAGAGGAACUUACAAUCUUUUUUUUAUUUUUUUAAACAUACAGGAGUUUUAGGAAGCGCUUGCUCGAUAACUGCUUCAUAUCUUCUCUUUUUAGGCUUCAUGGCGGAUAGCAUCCAACAAAAGCUGCAUUACCGCUACCUACUGUAUUGGGGUGUGAACCAGAGUUAUCUCAGUUAAAAUAUAUAUACAGGACUGUCUCAGAAAAUUAGAAUAUUGUGAUAAAGUUCUUUAUUUUCUGUAAUGCAAUUAAAAAAACAAAAAUGUCAUGCAUUCUGGAUUCAUUACAAAUCAACUGAAAUAUUGCAAGCCUUUUAUUCUUUUAAUAUUUAAUAUUUUUUAAUUGCAUU